GUUCGCAUUGUGACCCACCGACUUAUUGUUAUUUCUUUUCGAACAAGAAUGGAGACUAUACACUCGAUCGCGCAACAAACGAAUCUCGCCACUUUACUAGGUCUUCAUCUGGGUUUAUCACUGUUUGGUAGUUUAUCGACCUGCCCGGUCUACAACUUACCCAUCUACUUUUUUGGCAUUUGGGCCUAUAAUUACCACGAGUCGAACGCGCCCAUCAAAACUUUUACAGGAGUACUUGCACUCAGCAUAGUGCUUGAUGUCCUUUGGUUCAUCCUCCAUGGCAGCCCACCCACUGACUCUGCCCGAAAUCCCAUUGACCGUGAGAGCGGAUUCGUUUUUUGCAUGGUGAUGAAUAUUAUCAGCUUGAUUGGCAAGCCUAUCACUGUGUUUGCCGGUAUUAAUACGAUCCAAAGCCGUGGUGACUCGUUCCAAGUUGGAGGCUGGUCAGAUGCACCUGGUGCAUUUCCUGGCGCAUAUCAAACUGUGCGAGAUGGCAACAAUGACGAGUUUGCAUAAACAUGCCCCGCUCCACUUUAUUACUUUCAUUCCUGCUUCCCUCUGUGUGAUAUAAAGCCUAUAUUUAUAUAUACAUUUUCUUAUUUCUCUCCUAGCUUGCAAAUGUUUUCUCCUUUUACGCUUUCUAUUACUGCAUGCAUUUACCACAAUAUACACGAAAUAUGAAAGACCGU